UUAAAAUGUCUCUGAAUCCAUCAUCGCCAUUUUGGAGGUCAGUGCCCAGUGCUGGCAACUUUCUGAAACCACGAUCUUUUUCACGUACAAAUUUUUAACUUAUUAACUUAAUUUAUUCUUCAACUGUUUCACAUAUUCAAGGAGGCAAAGUGCUGAUAUAGUCAUCUAGGAGCAAUGACGGAGGGCCCUGGAAAAGUGCAAGAAAAAAAGUGGAGUACUACGUGCCUGCUUUGCAAUGCAUCGUCUGGAGUCUCAACAAGGAACAGCGUUCCAAUCUUUGAAUGUCUUACCUCUACGUCGGAGCGUCCAUUGGUAAAACUGAUCGGGUUUGUGCUUGGACUGGAGAUAACAGUUGAGGAUGUUCAUAGUACUAUUAUCUGUAAAAAAUGCUUCAAGCUCUGUGACGAGCUCGAUGAGUUGGAAGACAGACUGUCGGAGUUGAAGCAGGAGAUAAGCACAAAUUACCAGCGUACUCUAAAAAGGCUGGAAGAAAAGGGCAUAGACGGAUUGGAAGAAAAUGAGGAAGUGCAGCUAGUAGCAAAAAGUGGCCCAGGCCCAGGUCGUCCCAGGAAGAGACCUGUCGGAAGGCCGCCCUUAGUGAUGAAACAGGAAAAAGAAAAUACCAACUCUGGUCCUGCUUUGGAAUCAAGGAAAGAUGAUGAAAAUGAGGGCUUACAAUCUUUGCUUGAAACAACAAUGACAGUUGAAGAAAAUGAAGACUCAAAAGUGCGAGUUGAAGGAGGAAAAGAAGAAGGGAAAACAAGUGUGGAUAAGAAUGAUCCAGAGUUCAAAGUCAAGAAAAAAUGUUUUUCAGGGAAAAGGAAGAAGUCAAAACCAACCAGUGAGUCCAUCAUACCACAAAUGGUUGUUGGGCGUGAAGGAAAUGAGUACAAUUGUCUGCUCUGUUCUGUGGAAGAAAAAUUCAAAGCUGAGGCAAAAGAAAUUAUCACUCACAUGAAAGAGACUCACCAAUUGCGCUUGUAUAUUUGUGACAUUUGUGGGCAGGAGUUCUUGAAACGAACAGAACUUUUUACACAUCUUGAUGAACAUGUCAACAAUGAGGAUGGCGAUUUCCAGUGCGAGAUAUGCAACCGAAUAUUCAACAAUCUCCGUCUUUUCAGAGUUCAUAAAAAAAUGCACUACCCUCAGGCCAAAAACUGGACUUGCGAGCUAUGUGGCAAGCGCUAUGGGUCGAAAAAUAUGCUGGAAGAACAUCGAAAUGUGCACACAGGCAAUCGGCCAUAUUGUUGCAGCACUUGUGGAAAGAGUUUUGCCUCGAAAUACACAUUCAGGUCCCAUGAGAGGACACAUGAAGAGCGUGAUCGCCCAUUCACAUGUAUUAACUGUGGCAAAACAUUCUUAACUCAGCAAAAUUUGAUUCAACAUGAGCGGACUCACUCUGGCCUUAGGAACUACGUCUGUCAAGAAUGCGGUAAAGCUUUUGGCACAGCUAGGAACCUAGAGGUCCACUGUGUCAUACAUACUGGCUUUAAACCAUUUAUUUGCCGAAUGUGUGGUAAAGCCUUUGCUCGGAAAGCAGAGAUCAAAGAUCACGAAAGAACUCACACUGGGGAGAAACCAUACCAAUGCGAGUUCUGUGGCGCAACAUUUAGUCAGCGAAGCAAUCUUCAGUCUCACAAGCGAGCGACACACUAUGAUGAUAAGCGGUACAAAUGCCUUGAGUGUGGACGCGGUUUCAAGCGUCGUCGUUUAUUAGAUUACCACAUGAAGGCUGUGCAUACUGGCGAGCGACCAUUUAAAUGCUCAAUAUGUAAUGCCACAUUUAUCUAUCCUGAGCAUUUCAAGAAGCACAGGAGGAUUCACACUGGAGAAAAGCCGUAUGAGUGUGAGGUCUGCGGAAAAGCAUUCAACAGUAGAGAUAACCGCAAUGCACAUCGGUUUGUACACAGCGACAAGAAGCCUUAUGAAUGUUUGGUUUGUGGAAUGGGUUUCAUGCGGAAACCCCUUCUCUACAAUCAUAUGGAAGCUCAGGGUCAUAUGAAUGAUACUAUUGUCGUAAACCAACCGAGGCUGACUCCCUCGGAUACAACAAUCAUGACUGCUCAAGACACUGCAACUGGUGUUGAGAUGACAAUAGUAACAGAUGCUGAUGGAAAUCACAAAUUAGUUCCUGCUGAUCAAGUCGCUGAAUUCCAAGAAAUGUCUGAAGAUGAACGGCGGGUAUUCAUCGCUGAACUUAAAGAUCAUGUGAUCAUUCAGAGUAAAGAACCUGAAGGAGAGGGAGAAGGCGAGCAAGGGGAACUUAUCGAAAGUCAUCAGCUCACAGAUGCAGCUGUAGAACAGCUGAUCAUAGAUGGACAGGUUCAUUUUGCAAGUGCUAGUGAAGUUGAGCACGUAAAAAUUGUGCCUGAGGAAGAAAUAUUAGUCGCAGCUGAUGGAACUGAACAUUUAAUUGUGCCAGCAGAUGAUACCAACGGAACAGAAUUCCACGGAACGACAACUGUUGAAACUGAGGACGGUCCUGUGCAUUUAGUCCAGAUUCGAUUGGAGGAAAAUGCGGCUGAAAACGGUGAUGCGCAAAAAACUUGGUUCAACAUUGUCACCGAGAAUGAAUAAAAAAAUUGCCAAGUUUCAACAGUAUGUUUUAACCAUACGUUAAUAUUUAAUAAGAAGGUUUUUGUGAAUUCUUAAAACCCCCUUAUUAACUUCAUAUUUUUCAAAUGCAAAACUAUUUGACUGCUGUUAGUAAACUUUUAAACUGCAUCUUGCGGCUAUCCAUUGCAUAGGUACGAUUGAAUAAUUAAUUUCAAAGACAAUUUAAACAGACUGAUUCCUAUGUUGUUUUUCAUUUUUGAAAUUACUCGUCUUGGAUUCAUUUACUUGCAGCUGCAGCUUUGUCUGUGUGGCAUCCAAUGAAUGAGUGAUGUAUGAGCUCUCUCGCCAUUAUGAUUGAUGCAACAGCAGUAAAAAUCUUAGGGUCAAGUCAAAGUAAGUGGUAGUAUAUGCAAUUCAUUGAAAAAAAUUAAGACAAGAAGAUACAACUAAUUUAUUAAAUAAAUAAAAUUUUAUUUUGUAUAUUAGUCCAGUCAAACUAGAUCAAAUAUCCCGGAUUAGGGGAAAAAUUCCCAUACGAGCGAAUUCUGGCUAAAGUUACAUGUUAGGGUCUAGACAGGCACAGGCUUAAAGUGCCCAUUGAUAUCCCUUGUCCUUAGUCCCC